GGUCCCUGGGCCGCCGGGCGGGCGGUUCAGAGACAGUGGACGCUGGGAGCGGGGCGAUGCGGCCGGCCGGGCGGCUCGCGAGCGGCGCGGCGCUGUGGCUGCUGCUGGCGGCCCGGGCGGUGGCGGCGAUCGAGCCCAUCAGCAUGACCAUCGCCAUCGGGGCCGCGUCCAUCAUCACCGGCUACUUCUCCUACUGCCGCUUCGCCGAGUGCUGCCCCAAGCAGCGGCCGCUCAACGCGACGGCCCUCCAGCUGGCUUUGGAGGAGAAGCUGUUUGGGCAGCAUCUGGCCGCAGAGGUGAUUCUCAAGGCGCUGACCGGCUUCAGGAACAACGACAACCCCAAGAAACCACUGACUCUUUCCUUGCACGGCUGGGCUGGCACAGGCAAGAAUUUUGUGAGCCAAAUUGUGGCUGAAAACCUUCACGCAAAAGGCCUGAAGAGUAACUUUGUGCACCUGUUUGUGUCGACUCUGCACUUCCCUCACGAGCAGCAGAUAAAACUGUACCAGGACCAGUUACGGAAGUGGAUUCGGGGCAACGUGAGUGCCUGUGCGAGCUCCGUGUUCAUAUUUGAUGAGAUGGACAAACUGCACCCCGGGGUCAUCGACGCCAUCAAGCCGUUUCUGGACUACUAUGAGCAGGUGGACGGCGUGUCGUACCGGAAGGCGAUCUUCAUCUUCCUCAGCAACGCAGGCGGGGACCUCAUCACGAAGACGGCCCUGGAGUUUUGGCGGGCGGGAAGGAGGAGGGAGGACAUUCAGCUGAAAGACCUGGAGCACGUGCUGUCGGUGGGAGUCUUCAACAACAAGCACAGUGGCCUGUGGCGCAGCGGACUGAUAGACAGAAACCUCAUCGACUACUUCAUCCCCUUCCUGCCCCUGGAGUACACGCACGUGAAGAUGUGUGUGCGGGCAGAGAUGAAGGCCCGCGGUUCCGCUGUAGACGAAGACGUUGUCACCAGAGUGGCAGAGGAAAUGACGUUUUUCCCCAAAGAUGAAAAAAUCUACUCCGACAGGGGCUGCAAGACUGUGCAGUCGCGGCUGGAUAUCCAGUGACCUCCAUCCGAGCAGGGCAGCUAGGAGCUCAGGAGCCAGGGCCUCGCCUUUCGGAACCAUUUUGAAGACGUCGUCAGGGUUUGCACAUUUGUACCUGUGGACUUUCGGAAUCUAGAAGUUUCUAAGAGUUGGUUUUUUAUAAGCCGCUAAUCUGCCAAGUGCACUUGUCAUUUUGCAACAUGGUAGCAAUGCAACUGUUGUUGGCGUUGAAGAUGAACUUUUAAAAUCCACUCUCCCCACUCCUCCUACUGACUUUGCAGAAGUGCCUUGCAAACAGCUGUCUGUGUGAGACCCAUGACUAUGGACCUCAAACUGCUGUCCCUGCUGAAGUCCAGGGCCUGCUGCAUGCUGGGAGCACUGGCUGUCACCUGCCGGAAUCAGGCUUCCGCUCCGGUCCUCUCUCUUCACAGAGAGACCCCUGACGUGAAGUAUUUUCCAUGGAGGUUGGUGGUGCCUUCAGGCGCAGGCAGCGUCUAUGGGAGGACAUGUCGGGUCCUUGGUGCGGCAGCCAGGACAGAUAGGGCAUCGCCGUCUGGCCGCUGCUCUGCUGCUCGUGGAACCCGCUCGCCUCUCCCUGUGGCACUUCUCCUGGACGUCAGUGACCCCCAGCUUCCCCCACCAGAGCGUUGGUUUCAGUUUCAGGUCCUUGGUCCCAUGGGGAAAUGUUUGGUGGUUUACACUUGGGUCAGUCUCUCGCUGUGUUCCACAGAACCAUUUGAAAUCCUAGCACACGGUCAUCUGUGGGUGGCACCGAGGGGUCACCCUGCAGACUCUGCAUUGCCAAAGUGGAAGUAUUGCACACUAGAAACACUAGUUUUCAAGGAUGAAUAUAUAUAUAUAUUAAUAUAUUUUUGUUGAUUUUAGAGAGGGAGAGGGAAAGAUAGAAAUAUCAAUGAUGAGAGUCAUCGAUCAGCUGUCUCCUGCAUGCCAUCCCCCACUGGGGAUCCAGCCUGCAACCCGGGCACGUGCCCCUGGCCGGAGUCGAACCUGGGACCCUUCAGUCCACAGGUCAACGCUCUAUCCACUUAGCCAAACCAGCCAGGGCAAGGAUAAGUAUAUUUUUAUAAUGUCUUUAUUUCUGAAUGUUAGAGAAUACCAAUGUAGGGUGUUGCUCAUUUUAAACACGAGAAGGACACUAAGGGAAUAAUUGUCUGUGAUCAGAAACUCUGAAAAUAAAGGGUAUGAUUUACUGUCAAA